AUGGAUCUCGCCUACGACAACAUCGCCAAAGAGGCGCUCCCAGAGGACCAGAAAGACGGACAACAGGCGUCGACAUCCAAGUCCCCCGAGAGACGGCCUACCCUCAACGACGAGGUCCAGGACGUAUAUCGGGCCUUCACCACCAGCUCAUGGGGCAGCUGGUUUGGAGGGCAGGUUAGCAAUGUUGUCAAACAGGGCCAAUCGGUGCUCCAAGAAGCUCAGCAAGAGGUUGUCUCUCUUAGUGCAGAUGCCAGCAGGCAGAUCGCGACGCUCCGAUCCCGUGCAUUCUCCAUAAACACUGCUCCAGCCCCGACGGAAGCAUCGACAUCUGCAGCGGCGGAGAGGGAUGGCGGCGAGACGACCCCUACGACCGCCACUGCCCGCACUUCGGGAUCCGACAGCACAUUUCUGUCCAAGGUCCAGGCAGAGGCCAGCAAGAGGUGGAAGGACAUCCAGCGGGCGGAGGACGCCGCCGAUGAGAAGCUCAUGGAGCUCGGCGGCUACAUCUUCAACGUCGUGAAGCAGAGCAUUGAAAUCCAGCCCGGGUCCGCCGACGACUCGUCUCGUGGUGCCAGGUUUGAAAGCAAGGACGAGUCGGGCAAGCGUGUCAUCCACACUUCCAGAUUCGAUGCACAGCUGCAUGUCAUCCACACGACUGAGAAAGGCUUUACCGAGGACCCUCCUGCCAGCACAGAUUACAAGACUUGGGCCAAAGAGUUUGACAUUGAUAAGAAGACCGAGAGCAUCAGCGCCGAUCUUACCAAGUACCCAGACCUGCGAGCGACUAUGGAGAAGGUGGUCCCCGACACUGUUCCGUAUGCGGAUUUCUGGAAGCGUUACUACUUCCUCCGCCGCAGCGUUGAGGCUGCCGAGGAGCGAAGACGGGAUCUUUUGAAAGCUGCCUCGGCUGAAGAGGAAGUCAAGUGGGAUGAUGAAGACUCGGACGACGACUCUGACUCGGAUGAUGAUGAUUCCGACUCGGAUGAUUCUGACGACGACUCUGACGACGAUGCCGCAGCCAAAACGACACCCAAGACAGCUGCCAAAGCCGCCACUAAGACGACUCCUACUCCGGCCACUGCGAAGAAGCCAGCCAGGCCGGUUUCUAGCGCCUCAUCCGCGACCAUUCAGCCCACGUCUGCCACAUCUACACCGGCCCCUGCUAAGAAGGAGCAAACCAAGGGCCCCGAGCCUCGCAAAUCGAACGACGAGAAGUCGCAGCCAGACAGCGACACCAGCUAUGACGUGGUCGGCGCCCAGUCGGGCGUGACUAGCCGCGCCCCCAAUAGCCCCAAGGACUCCCGCAAGGGUGACGACAGCGACGAUGAUGAGUGGGAGUGA